AUGCAGCCCAAGAAGCAACUAAGCAGAAGUAAAUGGGAAAUGGAAGCAAAAACAAGUAACACGAAUGGAAUUCAGGGCCAAAACUCUGUCCCUAACAGUGAAGGUUAUUUUGCAGAGGCUGAGUCACUUGAAGAAACUAAAAAUGUCCAUCUUUACAGAUUUUGGACAGUAGAACAGAAGAAAGUACUGAGAAAAGCGGACAGUUUGAGUAUGAUGGGUUAA